AUGGCCGCCUUUGUGCGAGUGUCUGGUCCGCCGAAUGGUAACUUUCUCAUCGGCUACCCGGGCAUAUCAGCGACGCUGCCGCGUAUCGAAGGCAAAGUCGAGAUCCGUCCCAGCGUGGGCAUCACUGCCCCUGUCAACGUUUCGCUCGUUACCGUCUGUCUCCAGCGCCGAGAAAGCAUACACCCGUCUGCCGACUCGGUCACGAAGAAACGCCUUGCCGCGCCCCGGAAAGAAAUCACCGAGUUGGUCGGCAAGGAAAUGCUGUUGUUUCGAUGCGCCGCCGGCCGAGACUAUGAAGAAGUCAUAUCCAUGGACCUGCCGUUUAUGCUAUUCAUCCCGUAUGGAAGGGGUGCUCAGGAGUCAUCUCGAAAAGUGCCCGCUGCCAGCAUUCAAUUACCUAGUCGAACGGCCGAAACAUACUACGAAAUAGUCGUCACAGUCCAACAAGGCCCGUCCGAGCAAAGGAAAUACACCUUUCCCGUUCCCAUAUGUCGAUACGAUACCCUGUCCACGUUUGGAAUGUACAACCGACCAGAAACGUCGGAGAAGGUCACGGAUCAUCUGGUCACUCUCGGCAUAUCGCUACCACGGUGGUCCUACGGGCCACUUGACCCUGUGAGCGUAUAUGUCAGACUGUCUCCGAAUCUAGACUGGAUUAGCAAAGCGAAAAAAGUCACCAUCAACAAACUUACCAUCGGCAUUGAUGAGGAGAUUGUAUACAACCAUGAAGGCGACGAGUCCAGCCGCAAGGUAAAGACUCUCGUGAAGCGCACGGAGGCUGUGGGCAUCAAACUUCCCGAGCAAGGGUAUUCCACGAAUUUAGGUCUUGUGUUUCCAACAAAGGAUUUACGAGACUCGGACGGUAUUCUACCAAGAGGAAAAAUGGCAUUUCCUUCUUACGCAGUGACCGGGUUUACGACCACUGCCAGCCUUUACAAGAUUGAAUAUUAUCUUACUGUCAAGGCACACCUUACAUCGGCGAGAGACAUUGUCAUCCGCCAACCGAUCGUCGUAUGUCCCAUCGACCAUGCUGGGUGCAAAGAGGAGAUGGAGGCAAUAGAGCAUUCGGCACGGGACGCCGCAUUUCUAAAUCCCGAAAACCCGAUGCUACCAAAUCCAACGAUAGUGCGCUUUCGCGAUCACAACGCUCUUGCUACGCUGGGCGUCGCUGUUGUUGGGAAACAGAGGAAACCAUUAAUAGACUGA